AUGGCCACAAAGGCUGUACAUUUGGAGUUGGUGUCUGACCUGACGAGUACUGCAUUCUUAGCAGCGUUACGGAGAAUGACAGCUCGCCGUGGCAAACCUAAUCACAUUUAUAACAAUAAUGGCACGAACUUUAUUGGAGCCAAUAAGGUUUUACAGCAUGAAUACGAAGAGUUCCUCAAAACAUUUGGUGAUGAGUUUCUCUCAGAAGUGUCCGAGAUGGGCAUAAAUUGGCACUUUAAUGCACCUUCAUGGCCAUCAGCCAGUGGUCUUCGUGAAGGAGCCGUGAAAAGUCUCAAGUAUCAUCUAAGGAUGGUGGUUGGUGAUCAAAAACUAACCUACGAGAAGUACAGCACGCUGCUAGCAUAA